AUGAAAUCAUUAUACAUAUUGUGUUUACUUAUUUCAUUGACAUUAUAUGUGAAUAGUGUAGUAGAAGAUUCUAUGCCACAACUACAACGUUAUAAAACUCAGAGAAGAAGACAAUCGAAUAUUUUUCAGUGUAUUAAUUGUAAAAGUGGAACUGGAAAAGCGUUAAGUAUGAUUUUAAGUCCAUCCACAAACAAAUCGAUUAGUGAAACAAUUGAAACAUCUUGUAUGAAAACAGGUCCAUUUAAUACCUCUUGUAAAAUGUUAGGAACUGAACUGUCUAAACAGUUCUUUGGUGUAUUCCGUCAAAUAGUACCAAACAAGUGGUGUGCUUUUCUAGGUUUUUGUUAUUACCCACCAGUCGUACCUGUUUGUAGAUAUUGUCUCACUACUGGACUAGUGAUAAAAUCAAUAUUAUUGUCGGAAACUUAUCUAUCCGAAUUAUAUAAUAACACAUUCACUAUGUGCAAUAAAUUGCCUGAAUUUUCUCUUCUAUGUGAUACAUUUCUACAUGAUAUUUUCAUGGCGAUAACUUUAAGCUUUAAAGAGCAAUUUCUAGUUCAUCGACUUUGUAAGAAUGCUGGAUUUUGUUAA